UUUUUCUUCAAAUGUAAUGUGGUAUAUAUUGUAGAUUUGAGGGGGGGGAAAGGAAAAGAAAUUUACUUACAGUUACGAUUUCAUGGAAAAAGUCUGCAUUCUGCACAUUCAGAUUUAAGGAUUAGAACAUACUUGGUGAAACAUUUCUAAUCUGAUAGACAUUUUUAACAGCUUUAUCAUUUCAGUUCACUUUAUUAAACACGCAUGGAGCUGGAUCUCAGCUUUGCAGCUCAUUGAUGUAACCUACAGAAUAACCAUGGGAGGCAGAGAAGAGAAUAAUCUAACAAUAAUAAAAGAAUUCAUCCUCCUGGGAUUUGGAAAUAUUUAUGAGUUUCAAAUUCUUCUUUUUCUGAUGUUUCUAGUUAUCUAUCUUGUGUCAAUGCUAGGGAACUUUCUUAUUGUUGUCUUAAUUGUAGCUGACCAUCACCUUCACACUCCAAUGUAUUUAUUUCUGAUAAAUUUAUCUUGCUUAGAAACAUGCUAUAUUUCAACUAUUUUUCCCAGAAUGCUUGACAGCUUCCUAACUGGAAAUAAGUUGAUGCCAUUAAAUUCCUGUUUCACACAGUUAUAUUUCUUUGGGGGAUUGGCUACAGCAGAAUGCUACUUACUUGCUGCCAUGUCUUAUGAUCGGUAUUUAGCAAUAUGCAAACCAUUGCAUUAUGUUGCCAUUAUGAGUAUGAAAACCUGUCUGCAGUUAGCAGGUUGCUCUUGGAUUAUUGGGUUUCUUGUGAACUCUGUGCCCACCUAUUUAAUAAAACAGCUAGUAUUUUGUGGACCUAAUGUAAUUGAUCACUUUUUCUGUGAUUUCACACCACUACUCCAAGUAUCCUGCAGCAACACCAUGAAAAUCCAGCUCCUAAUAUUUAUUCUGUCAGCUCUCUUUGGAUUGCUUCCUUUUCUUUUAACCCUUAUCUCUUAUGGCUGCAUUGUAAAAAACAUUUUAAGGAUUCCAUCCACUGUAGGAAGGAAGAAAACAUUUUCUACUUGCUCAUCCCAUCUCACUGUGGUUAUACUCUUUUAUGGAACUAUAGUGAUAGUAUAUGUGCUGCCAAAGAACAGAUCCCUUAGAGAUCUUAAUAAGAUCUGCUCUGUGUUCUACACCAUUUUGAUUCCCCUGAUAAAUCCUUUUGUAUACAGUCUGAGGAAUAAAGAUAUAAAGCAAGCUUUGAGGAAAGCUAUCAAUCACAUUUUUGUUUGACUGUAAGCAGAUAUCUAUCCUACUUGCCCUUCAAUAUACUAUCCUUUGUUUUUUAGUGGUACAACAAAUAUAAAAAUGAUGCAUUUUAAUGUCAUCAAUAGGUGGUACAAUUUCCAACUUGGUGAAUGUAUUCACAGGCAAAGACCCCAGAAUAGCUUUUCACCAGAUCUAAUUUGUUAUUCUUAAUGGGUAUAGUUAAUUAGAGCCUAAUGAAUCUGGUUUAAGUCCUUAUGCUUAUAUGAACAAUCUUGACUCAGCACUUUACAAUCUUAUCUCUGAGCCCAUUUAUUCAUUUUAUUCAUGACUUUUC